CUCUUUUUUGUCCUCUCUUCAUUCCUAAAUUCUUUUAGCUUCAAAAAUCUACUCUGCAUUUGGGGGCAGAUUCUUCCAAAUCCCUUCUUUUCUUAAUUUCGUGUUUGAUAUAUAUUAAAGGUAAACUUUUUGCUGGGAAUUAAUUCCUAUUCUCAGUGCUCGAAGAGGGCGUGGAUAUACGUAUAUAAUUAUUUGAAAAUUAGGGUACGGGAAUGGGAGGGGAAAUAAACUAUCUCACCGUGGCGGAAAAGGAAGACGUUGAUGAAGGGAAAAUUGUGGCGGCGCAGAGGAAUCCGUCGCCGCAUAAGAAACUAGUGGUGGUGGGAUAUGCCCUUACAUCUAAGAAAGUUAAGAGCUUUUUGCAGCCAAAGUUUGAACGCGUAGCCAGGAACAAGGGAAUCCAAUUUGUGGCUAUUGAUCAAAGUAAACCCCUUUCGGAUCAAGGUCCUUUUGACAUUGUGUUGCAUAAGUUAUCUGGAAAAGAAUGGCGGCGAGUACUAGAGGAUUAUUGGAAUGAACAUCCCGAGGUCACAAUUCUUGACCCUCCUCGAGCCAUACAGCAAGUACAUAAUCGCCAAUCCAUGCUUCAAGAUGUUGCCGACCUAAAUCUAUCAGAUCGUUAUGGAAAAGUCGGUGUUCCUAAACAGUUGGUUAUCAAGAAAGAUCCAUCAUCUAUACCUGGUGCAGUGAGCAAGGCUGGCCUGAGGCUACCCAUUGUGGCAAAACCUUUGGUUGCAAAGUCACAUGAACUCUCUCUCGCCUAUGACGAGUUCUCCCUCCAGAAGUUGGAGCCACCUCUUGUUUUACAGGAAUUCAUUAAUCAUGGGGGUGUGCUAUUCAAGGUUUACAUUGUUGGUGAAGCAAUAAAAGUGGUCAGGCGAUAUUCUUUACCCGAUGUUAACAAAUAUGAGCUGUCAAAGAGUGCUGGUGUUUAUCACUUUCCAAGAGUUUCUUGUGCUUCCGCAUCCGCUGAUGAAGCGGACUUGGAUCCUCGUGUUGCUGAGCUCCCUCCACGACCAUUACUCGAGAGAUUGGCUAAAGAAUUACGACGACGGCUGGAUCUUCGGCUAUUCAACUUGGAUAUAAUUAGAGAGCAUGGAACUCGAGACAACUACUAUGUGAUAGAUAUAAACUAUUUUCCAGGAUAUGGAAAAAUGCCAGAAUACGAGCACAUAUUUACAGAUUUUCUUCUGAGCCUAGUCAAAAGCUAGUAUCUUUAAAGAGCUAUCGCCUGCAGCAAGAGCCAUAUCCGAGCAGUGUGAACCUCCAGGGCAGUUUAUCGACAUGCAUCAUUAUGCUUUGGCGGGCGAGGGAAAGUAAGACAUGCUAUGGUGAUAUUUGGCAGUGACUCUGUGCUGUUUUGAAGGUAAUCAAGUGUCUCCGGCCUUUUGUAGUUCGUGUUUCGUUUUGUGGCUCGUGUCGAUGAUCAAGUGUUGGUAUAGAGUAUGGAAGUGCUAAUUAGUGAGCAUUAAUUUCUGACCAAUCUCUGUUUGGUCUUGUAAAUUCUUGUUAGUUAGACGUCUGUUGGUAAAAUUUCGCUCUGAAUUUGUUGCUUAAUUCACAUUAUUUCAUUUUUGGGGAAGUUAAUAUGUUUUCUUUUA